AUGAUAAUGGAUGAAACAGAGGAGUACUUCUUGGGUUGGAGUCCUUCCUCAGAAAAGAUUGCUAAGUCUUACCAGGUGGCCGCUGCUAGAAGAUAUUUAGACAGUAUUGCUAAUUAUUCAUCGUUCACGAAAUCAGAUGUGGCGACACCUCGUACAAAAAGCUCUUCAAGGGUUGUAAAAAGAUUAAGAUUCGAAAGCGAUGACGAUGAUGAUGAUCACUCCAACAGGAACAAGAUUGGUAGACAAAUGGUUCUUGAUCACGGUCCAAACCCACCACCCUCUUUGCCUAUUGAAUUCCAGGAUCGUAUUCGAGACAUGGGUGGUUCGCCAGAGACAAUUGUAUUGGUGAUACAAAAGGCACUGUACUGGACUGACGUAAACGACGCUCAGAAUCGACUCUCUAUUCCACAGAGCCAAAUCAGGACCGAGUUUCUUGAGGACGAUGAGAGAGAGACCUUGAAAGGGCGUAAUGGAGACAAUAACGUGGCUGCUAUGGAGGUGAGGUUGAUUGACCCAUUACUUCAGGUGUGCACUGUAAGCUUGAGGAGGUGGGAGAUGAAGAAGAAACGAGGAGGUUCUAGCCCCUUGUAUGUGUUGAACGGACCGUCAUGGAAAACGAUGAAGAGCAGUAAUGGUCUUGAACUAGGGUUGGUUAUUCAACUGUGGUCGUUCCGAGUAGGUGGAGAACCGUGCUUUGCUCUCGUUAAGCUACCAGGAGGAGAAGAAGACGGUGGCAAUGUCGGCGCCGGAAGUAGUCCAAGUAACAGCAAUGGUGCUGGCAGUUGCAACGACGGAAGCAGUCCAACCAACAGCAAUGGUGGUGGACCGGGAGAUAGUGACGGGGACCAAAGCAGUCUAAGCAACAGCAAUAGCGGUGGUAGUAACAGCGACCGAAACAGUCGAACCAACAUACGGUGGUGGUGA